AUGGAGGCCGUCAAGGCAUUCAACAAUGAGGUUUGUUGGAAACCCCUACACAAUGUGAACAUUUAUCAGAGAAGAAUAGGUCUUACUCAUAUUCGCGGUGGCGAGUUGGCUAACACUAGCAUUAGCAAGUAGCAAAGAGGGAGAAUGGGGUACUUUUACAAGGCCGCUGUAUGUGCACACUCAUACAACGAUAAUGUGAACAUUUCACUGUCUAAUUAAGUGCAAAUGCACAUACUUAAGAUGCAUUUUGAAUGUAUCUAUUAAGGCAUACAGUACUAGGUGACCAACCUAUCAGUUAGUAUUUUCGCCAGACCGGUACAAAUGGUAACAAGCUAGCUACAAAAUAGCAAACCCGCCUCAGAUGCGUGGUAACUUGGCCAGCCAGCCAUCUGUUAUUGACGUGACUCAAAUAUUUAGCAUCCACCGCCAAGUGGUCGCUGUAUCACUGCUGUAAAAUAUUGAUUAGUUUGACAUCUUUUUAUCGGUAUAUGGUUGAACUCAAGACUUGAAAUAACUUGGCUCAAUAGCUUGGGUAGCCAUUAGCCGUCAGGGGGGCUUAGAGCUAACAGCGUAACUGUUUGUCUGCAUUGACGCCUAAAUCAGUCCUUUGGCAUCAUAAGUGGAAAUGCUGAACAAAAUUUGCAUGCAUAAUGAGCAGCCCUUAAAAAGUAGACAGACAUUUGGUACCAGUUUAAUUGUGGGUUUACUUGUUUUGAAAUCCUAUUGUAUCUAUAACCUUAUUCAGAGCCAAGCACUCUAUUUAUCGUCUUUAAUUGGUGACUUCCUGACCGCAAGCAUAUCUAUUAUUAUGGUCCAUCUAACUGGCAAUGCUCUCAGGCUGAAGAGGUCCAGGUUUUGCACUGCUGCUCUCUCAUUUGUUGUAAACUUAAGCUCACAGUUGAUUCUCUGAGUUCUGAUUUGGUAGUUACACAGUGUUAUUAAAGAUUUUUCGUAUUGUCUCCUUUUUUCAGCUGUACUCAUUGAAUGAGUACAAGCCGCCCAUCUCCAAGGCCAAGAUGACACAGAUCACCAAGUCAGGAAUCAAGGCUAUAAAAGUAAGUAUUUGGUACUGAAGGAUAAGGCAGGUAAAGGGAAUAAGAAGUGUAUGGCAAUGGAAGACACAUGCUCUGUAGUUCUCAGGUUGAUCAGUCAAGAUUUACUUAAAGAGCAUCUUUCAUGCAAAUCAAAUGCAGUUCAAAGGGCUUUGAAAGUUAGAAAAUGCAAAAUAUGAUGACAAAUCAUGGGACACAGAAAACAGAAAUGAAUUUGGAGGUAUGUACUAAUGCACAAGUAGCGAUACAAUAUACGUAAUGAGAACGAGAAAAGGAAAAGAUUUAUACAAGUUAAAGCAUCAUAAAAGACAUCAAGAUGUAGAUACUAAAAGUAAAAAAAAAACAAGUUAUUAAAAAUGAGAAAAUGAGUAAGUGACAGAUGUAUCCAUCUAAGAUAAACAGCAAUGAAAGAGAAUUGAAACAAAAAAUGGUAAAUGAUGAAAAUAAAUAUUAAAAUCAAUAUAAAACAUUACACAAAGAAAAUAUACAUUUCUUCUACAGAUCAGACUAAAUAGCAAAGUCUUUAGUUUACAUUGCGAAGUCUCAAUAUUUACACCACCUAUCAAGAUAAAUCUCUUUCUUUUACCUACAUGUACAAUUACGACGUCGAGCCCAAGAUAAAAAACAAUAGAUGUUGUUCCGUUUAAAUAAUUCUUGGGUAACUAUUUCAGACCUUGAUUAACAUCAGAAAUGUUUAUCAAACAAUUAUGUGGUCAAACAUUUCAGACUUUUACAUGGAAAAAUAGCAACUUUAAAAGAAGUGCAAAUAUACAUUAUUGGCUGAUGCUAAAGGAACUACAUCACUCAAUCUGAGUUGUGGGAAGCUGGAUGCUUUUGUGCCUUGCAAAAAGUUCUCCUUCUUUGGACAUAGAAAUGAUAAUUGCCAAGCUCCCUCACAUCAUCAGACAACCUAGUUCCCUGUCAUCAUAAUAACCCUUGUUUACAAGAUAUCGGACUAAAAUAUUCAGUUUCACAACAAUACCUUAAGUCGCGAUAAUAAGCUGACUGCUGGAAAGUAUCUGUUAUUAAGGCUAUCUUUUUAUGUCCUAUAAAGCCCAGAGGCUUCACACAAGUAUCUGGAUGGUAGGAGAAUGAUAUGAAUCAGGAGGGAGAUCCUUUGGGACAGGUUAUUAUGGGUACUGGACCGGGAUCAGUAGGAACAGUAUGUGAGGCCAAUUUUUGCAAUUUACUUUUUUCGGAGAGUGUUCAAACUUUCAAUUUGAAGCAGUGAAGGGUCUCUAAGUAAGUUAUCAAGUCACUCUGUUACUUGUCAAGUCCAGAAUUUGACCACUUGUUUCAGCACCCUGAGUGCAGGAUGAUAACUCACAAACAGUGCUUUUAAACCUUGACAAAUAAGUGUAUAUGCAGCAAAGAUGUGUGGUAACUAUGUCUCAGACCAAUCCUUUGAAGUGGUUUUAGUUGCCUAUCACAAUGCUAGUUGGUAUUUGUUUAAAACUAUUAAGCAACUGUUGCUUCCAAGUGUAUGUAGUGCCUCAUACAGAGCAGAAGAAGGAUAGACAGGCAGAAUAGUAGGACUUUAACAGGGUAAUAUGAACAGAUCUAAGGGGGAUGUUAUUCUUUCAGAUAUAUAUGAAUUUCCCAAUCUUUUGACCUAAAAAGAGGACCUGAAUUAUGAAUAUAAGUCGAAAACAAAGACAUAAACUCAACAAGUAAAAUUAGCAGUGAGCAGGAAUGUAAUGGUAUCAUAAUCACAAUGACACGCUUAUAUUGCAAUAACAAGUGUACUGUACAGUAUUUAUCAUCAUAGUUAGGAAAUAAAACAGAGGAGUGAAGACUUUGGGGGGUAAUGUCACUUAUGAAGUUUUAAGUAGCUCAUGAAGUCCUCACAUCUGUGGUCAGUAAGAGGCAGUCUGCCUAUUUGGAGCUCUGUGUAACCUGACCGUUGUCUAUAUAAUAGUAUUUGGCUGUGUUGGGGUUUAAUACUUUGCCACCAGCUCUAGUCCUUUGGUUAUAUAAUCAGUGAUACAUCUGUGAUCUCCCUUACUCUCACACAGUUACAGUGGGAAAUAAGGCCGUAGAUACUCCCUUUACAAUCUUUUGGUUUGGUGGGUUUAUUCCCACAUCCUCUCAGAUCUUUUGGGGUGACAAUUUACUAAGUGAGUUCUCAUAGUACUCAUUGCCCAAUCGGGCAAAGGUCGCUGCAGUUUGGCAGUGUUCACAUUUUUUUUUUUUUUUUAAUUCCUGACACGGGGAAACAAAUGCUUCCACACCUGUGGCUUAAAAGCAGCUGGAGCAUCAAUAAUCUUAAGUCAUAUCUUUGUUCCUAGUCAAAAUUCAGGUAUCUGGCAUUUUAGUUUUUCUACAUCUGACGCAGUGAACAAAGUACAAUAGGUGAUGGGCAUGCAUGGGACAGUAAUCUCAUGUCUCCACUCUUUUUUGUUUAGCUUCAUUGCUGCUUUUUUUCCUGCAAUGUAGACCUGUGAUGGUGCAUUUUGCACCAUCACAGGUCUACAUCGGUAUUGAAACACUUGUUUUCAUGGAAAUUGCAAAAGUGAUUACAUUUUUCCUCUGAUUAAGUGGAAAUGCUGAUUAAGCAUUCCACUUAUUGUUGUUCCUGUCAGUCAUUUUUCUUCAUCAUUAUUAUUCUUCCGCUGUAUUUUGUCCUCUUUCUUCUCCUUCAUACUUUGUGAUAUUUCAACCGUUCAAACUUUAUACUAUUCCACUCCUUCAGGGAUCAUGGCUUUAUUUUUUUCCUUUCUACCCUUUACACUUUUUUUUAAAAGUUUGAAUGGAGUUUCUAGAUGAAAGAAUGAAUGAAUGAGAAGAGGUAGAAGUUGACUAUGUCUGAAGCCCUUUCCUAUUGACUCCUAUUAUAACAAAGUUUGAAACAGACCUGAAUAGUUUUAAAAGUAUUAAUGGGAUUAAAAAAUGUUGAAGAUGUGGAAUAAUGCUGAAAUGUUUGUGAAUAUUUUGGUUUCUAAAUGACAUUUCUACGUGAAAGUAUAGAGGAGUUUGAAGGUUUUUGAAGUUGUGUGAAAAAAUAUGAGAAAAGGGACCAUUUUGAACAUUCUGUAAUGCAUUUCUAAUGGGACAAAUUGGUUGAAAAACCGGGAAUAUCUCGGGAAUUAUGAUGCCAUUGGCACAAAUUAGCAGCCACAUUUCGAUCAGUCUGCCCCAGGGCAGCUGUGACUACUAAGGUAGUUUACUACCACCACGAUGUGACUGUGUGAGCGAAUGAAUGAUGCAUCCAAUGUAAAACACUUUAAGGGUCUCUGAUAAAGUGCGAUAAAAGUCUGAUGCAUUAGAGUUUCUUUUGAAGGUGACAGUGCACUCACGUCGCCAAGGUAGAAGGAGGAGUAAGCGCUGUUUAGGUUUUGUGGAGCGGAAAAAAUACAUGAUGAGAGGGGCUUUUCUUGCAGUGUUGCCAACCUAGCGACUCUGCACACUUCUCUUCACACUAGCUUGUAGCCUAACAUUUCUGGUGUCAUAGCAGAAGCAGGUAACAUAGGAGCUAUUCAGCUCUCGGACACUAAUGUCUUAAGGGGCAUGAUUGAAGUCAAUAUCAUAAUUAGCUUUCUUACAAGCAUUGCAAUCCGCUAACGCACACGCUUGUUCCACGAUUGUCCUCUAUUUCUCCGAGUCUGGCUUUCAUUGCGGAGCUAUAGGAAAUCUAGCUUUAUGUGAGUCUGCCGUUUGGGUCCAAUUACUCGAGUAAUCGGUAGAAUAUUCGGUAGAGUACUCGAUUACUAAAAUAUUCGAUAGCUGCAGCUCUAGUUUUGAUGCUAUUGAACAUGAAAACAUGCAAUUGUUCAAAGCACAACUUUAAAAAAAAUUGACAACUCUAUCAUAAACCCAUUAAAUAUUAUAUGGUAUCAAAGUAGAGUAUGCAUACAGUAUCAAAAAUCAAUCUCCAUCCCCAAGCUAAGUGGCUGGAAAUAUCUAUGUGGCAAUAGUAUUAUGUGGUAUGUUCACUUCUCAAUAUUGACACAUGCAGUGAAAGGGGAUAAAUCACAAACCUUACAAUGCUUCAACUGCAAACUGUUCCCCUUGAGAUUGUCUGUUUAUGGUGUUACUGUUGCACCUCUGCGUUCACCCGGCAUUGUGAUUAGUGAUUAGGCGAAACAACGUGACCCAACUGUACAUUUUGCAACCAGUAAGAAUGGAUAGUGCUGUGUGUUUGCCGCUGUUUACGUUAUGCUGCACAAUAUUGGGAAAAAAAACUGAUAUUGGGAUACUUUCCCUUUUGCGUUAUAUUUUGUGGUGUUUAAAAAAUCAAUAGCAAUAAUAGCAGAAUUAUGUAGAGAGAGAUGCAAUAAAGAGACAAUGCUUUCCAAAUAAGUCAGGACCUCUUAAAGUGAAUAUAACAAACAGUAAAUAUAACAAGGGAAAAAACAAGCUUUUGUUUUUAUUUUGGACUUGUUCUCUGCACUCCCUUCAAUAAAACUUUUACCUUUGGUUAUUCUUACCCCUGUAUCUUAAAAAAAUCUUUGGUUUUAAAAGACGCAUUGGCCAAGUUAAUCUUAAAAACUAAAACUGUGCUACCAGAAAAGGUUUUUACCAACAAACACUGAUUAAGUCCUUCUGUUUAUUUGUGGUAAUAACUUUCUCACACUGGAUUCUCACAUAGGGACCUCAAUGAACUUUUGUUCCCUAACUUCUUGUUGCCAAGGUUUACAUUUCAUCGAUAAAGACUUUUAGGUCUGAUCGAUGAUGACUGGAAUGUUUUCUCUUCCUGCUUGUACUCUUGUUGCUUUAGGUUCUGUUUUUGCCUCAUUUUUCUUGUGAAUAACACCUGUUUCCCCUUCCCUCAGCAGCUCUCCCAGCUCCCCCAAAGCACUGAAAAUGAAGCAGGAGGAUGGGGUGGAGAGAGUUACAAAGAGAUAAAGAGAAUCCCUAACCAGCUUAGGUAGGAGUAUGGGUUGUUUCAAGAGGAAGAUGGAAGAAGACUAAAUUCUAUUCAACUAAAACUGCUCCCACACACCCAGAGAAUUGGGGAUUUGCUGUUGGCACAUUUUUUACACCUCCUCCUCUGGUUGUCAUCAGUUGGCUGAUGUUGGUCUUGAGCUCUGGAUUGUGUUGAAAAUUUAGAGGUGUAUCUUGUUUACGUUUUUUGAGUUGUCCGAUAUCAGUGCUUUAAAGUUGCUACACCUUUCUUUCUUGUUUUUCUUUUUUUUUUUUUAAGUGUUGUUAAGAGGCAUUUGUGGAGCAUGAACACACACUCGUUGUACUAGACUUUGGAUUCUGGACUUUAUGGAUUAAGAGGCUCAAAGACAGCCAAAUGUGUAAGACUUAAAGCACAGAGUCAAUAGUGCAGCAGCGCAGGCAGACAUCAUAGGGCUUAGUUUGGUGAUGCUGAUGAGGUUUCUAAAGGAUAUCUAGGGGCGUGUUGAAAACAGUGCCAUGAUCAGAGUUGUCUGUGAUUGUCAACGGUAGAAGUUAUUUCCGGUACAGAUAAAAAUGCUGGUAAACAUGGUAACUUUGUACAACACUGAGUGCAGCGCAGAAAUCUUUGAUGUUUGCUCUGACAAAUUGACAGGGUAUCAUGUCUUUUCUAAACACACUGUGACUGAGUUCAGGUGCUUGUUUUUACAAGUUUACUGAAAUAUGAAAUACUGACAGCUCGUGUAGUUGUUAGAAAUCGUUCAAGCAUUAUCUCUGUUGCAGAUCCUACAGAAUAUUAGAUAAUUGAUAUAGUUUUCUUUCCAUCAAUGAGUGUCUGCUCAGAUGACCUCAGGAAUCUUGACAGUGAAAUACAGGGCUGGAGAUCACAAUUGCAUUGUGGGCAUGGGCAGAAUGUGCGGUGUUACUGUGAAACAGCAGUUGUCACCACUUUUUGUUUUUUCAUGAUUUGAGCAACAGUUGAAGUCUGCCUGUAUAACUAUACUGCAGCCCUUCACUGAACACACAGGUAGUUGACUGCUGAGCAUAAGGAGUCUGAAUCCCAUGACCGUUGACAGGCACACACAACACUGCUGCUAACAUGGGUUGGAAGUUGGUAUUACAGAGCUGGUGACGCAAAUCAAAAAUCAAAAUACCAUCAGAAAUUCCUGAUUAUGUGCAAGUCCUUUGCAUUUAUUCAUGGCGUUGAUGACAUGACUAGUUAGUCCACCUGUAGCUCUCUCCUCCUCUUGUCUCUCAGCUUUUCUGUGCAGGUUUCAGGGCUACUGUUAGAGGGCUGGGCGCAGUGUGGGAAAAGUAGGAAAGGGGAUUUAAUUUUGAAGCAGAAAACUAAAGACAAAUCCCAAUGAAAAGACUAAUCAUAUUGCUUAAAGUUGUAUAUUACUAUAUUUUAGUGCAUUAAAAGACACUGCAUAUGUCUGGUAUAAAUUUUUUGAUUCUUAAUAUUGCAAUAUAUUAGGGCCCGACCAAUAUGGAUUAUCUGGGGCUGAUGCCGAUACCGAUUAUGGGGGGGGGGUCAGAUUACCGAUUAAUCGGCUGAUUUUUAGAGGGAAGACUGACUGAUCAAACUCGGACCUCGUUGUCAACUACCCCCCCCGACGAUCGGUGCCUCCGCGUCUUAACUCACGUUACUCAUUUCCGGUCCAGUCUUAUCUGGAGACAUGCAGCUGCCUCAGUUAAAGAAGAAGCUCGAUCACGAAAUGUUUACUGUUGUUUAUUCUACCGUUACUGGCACAGGUAACAGUGUAGCAAGGCUAAUAGCAAAUGGCUAACUCUAACUUCAGCUUGCAUAUUACAUGGUGCUUCACCGUUAACUCGGCGUGACUGAGACCAGCACAGCGGGGAACAUCGUGAAGUGGGUUGAACUGAAACUUGUUGACUUAUUGUGUUUUUCACAAACUGGUUUAUUUAUCGUUGAGGUGGACCACUCUCCUCCGUGCGAGCUGCCUGCUUCAGAUCCGUCACUCUGCUGUGCUGUGAGGUAGUUAGUGGAUAAAGAUUGUCAUGAGGUUGCUGCGCCAUCUACAGAAUAAGUCGGGGAACUUUUCAAAUGGCGGAACAUUUUAGAAGUGAAACCAGUCUCAAUUAGUCUCAAAACGGGCAAAAAUUGGCCAAUUAAAUCCGCUGGCCGAUAAAUCGGUAGGGCCCUACAAUGUGUAAUUUCAGAAAGGAAGAUGAUUGCAAUCUUUUGUUGUUACAAUAUUGUGCAACCCCAGUGCAGUCUAAUUUGUUGAAAAUGAUCAAGAGGAAAGCAACAAAAACUUUGCUUCAUUUCUACAUCCAUGGAACUGAAACAAAAUGAUUUCAAAGAUACUAGUUGUUAUUUUGCUAUUAUCCACCUUGCCGCUUUUAGGGUUAGCAAUACUCCUGCUGUCUGAUAAGAUUACUGGGUGAUCUUCCCUGCAUCAUCACCCAGACACUGUACAGUGUGUGAUCCAAGAGGCUCUGCUGGGUUUUUAUCAUACACUUGCUUCAGAUUAAACUCAAACAACUUUUCUAAAUAUGUGACCAUAGAUGCAGUGCUCUUCAGCUACCUUACAGCUUAAGGUGGCUGUGUCUUUCAGAGUUGUGUUUGUCCUCUCUGUUUUUUUGUUUUUUUUGUUUGUUUGUUUGUUUUUCCCAUAUUAUAAGUGUCCUUACUGUUUUUCUCUAAUGAUAAUGAUUUUGUCAGCUGUUCUCCUCAAAUCUUGGUUAUUAUUUUGCAGCAACAGCAGUGUGUUUUGUAUUUUACGGUUUCCAUUGAGUCUGAAAAGGGAUGGGGUGAUUAGGUUUUUUUUAGGUUUACUACUGAUAUCUAACUCCAGUAUUAUAUAAAUAAGCAGGUAAAUUAUUCAGGCUUUUCAACUUCAUUUACAAAAGUAAAAUAGAGAUGUCAAAUUUCAAUAUAUAACGAUGAAGUCAUCAAUCUAGCAGGAAUUACUAUUCAGCUAUAAACCACAAAAUGCAGAAAAAACUGCAGUAAACAAGCAAAUAAAACAUUCAACAUUAAGUCGUGUGUACGUGCAAACAAACUGACUUGCACUUUAAUCAACUCAUAAAGCAUUUUCUUAAUAGCAGUCGGAAUAGAGUCACUGGGUGGUCUGUGGUAGUUGUAGCUUGUAGCACAGCAAACUGGUGUGUAACUUGUGUCGAACAAGUGAAGACGAGAUAUCAGAGGUGAAGCUCAUUGCUGUAAAAAAUCUUUUCACUAGAUGUAGAUGAUUGCUUGCACCGUGUCUCAGAGGGUUCAGUCAAAGUGAGAUCUGAAAAUCCUGUAUCUAAAUUGGAUUUCAAUCUGACAGCUGAAUCUGCUAUUUUCAACUAACAGGAGGUGUUUGUCAACCAAAACAAUCAUCCACGAAUUUUGUCUUACUUCUCACGCUUGCAAAACGUCACUGGCAAGUUUUUCAUGUCUGAACAACUCAGCUGACAGUGAUGUCAGCUGAGUUUUGGCAUAUUUCAAGUUUUGGUAGAGUUGUGUGCAAAGCAAGAAUUGCAUAUCUCCGAACUGCUGAACCUCUGUGUGUAGUAAGUUCUCUCCAUACUGCAUUGACUCUCAGCUUUAAGAAAAUGCACAGACAUUUAGAUGCACUUGUAUGGAACUCGCAUGUGGUUGCUGUAAACACAGCUAAGCUGAGUAUGCACAGCUGACAUUAGACAGCAAUACUGACCUGUUUCAGAGAGGACUCAUUUAGUGCUUGUUGCGCCUCCAUCAAGCUUCAUGUUGCUAAUGCUGAUGCAGCUACAGCCCCUCCAAUAUUCCAGCUUGUGUUUACAUGACACCUGCUGCAGUAGCAGUUCACUGCUGCCCUGAGGAACCAGCCUCUGAAUGGCAUGUUGCGCUCAGUAACCUGGGGUCGAAAGGCUGGACAGUUUAUAUUUCAUUUUCUUAUUUCCAACCCAGUCAUUCUGGCUGGUAUCAGACAGAUUUUUAUACUGAUGCUGAGUAUCGGGAUGGAGCAUCCCUAGGACUGAUUAUGAGCUUUGUAAAUAUUGUAAAGUUUGUCGGUCCAUGUCUCUGAGGGGUAUGUCCAAGAUAACGGGGUGAACUAGCAUGACAACGGGGAAAAAAAUGGUUUAAGAAAUGACUUAAGUGAUCAUGAACUAAAUAACUCUUGUCCUUGUCAAAAAAACAAACAACAACAGUAAAUUGUAGCCAGCUAAAAACUUUUCAUAGUCAAAACUAGGGUAAUAAUAUUUGUUGGAAUGUCCUUAAAAUAAACACCCUUAAAGUAAUUGUGACCACAACUCUAUAAAGGAUGCUCGUUAGCAGUUUUAAAUGGUUUGCAAAUCCUGUAAAAAUUUAAUUUAAUUUGACACAGGGUUAAAAUAAUUUGAAAAUGAUCAAAAACCUUUCACACAGUCUCCCAAUUUUAGGGUAUAGCCCUUGCUUGUGAAAGUAUUUAACACUGCUGCACAUUUAUCGUUGUUCUAAUUUACUUUAGUUUAGAUGUGCCCCAUUGAAGAACUGAGUAUUUACAGCUGAAUUAACAUGGAAACUUUUCUGACUCUCUGUGGCAAGACGAGAAAUAUGCUGUAUCAUAAAUUUCCCUGCUCUCACCUGGAACCAGGUUCAGUCUGAUUGAACUUGGACUUGUUUUGUGUCAGGGUUCUCUUGUGUUCGAUGUUUCCAUUCAAGAAAUAUUCACAGCCCCUUUUUUCAACAUUCAGACUGUGAUGUGCUUGCUGUAGAGUUGUAAAUCAUAGAAAAAGUCUUAGCUGAACUAUAUUGGGAUGCUUCGUUUACAGAGCUCUGAUAUUAUGUUCUGACUAGCUUUAGUACUAUUAUGACUCUGUGGGGGGCUCAAAAAAGAAAAGUCUGUUGUAGUUAGGGCUGCAACGAUUAGUCGACGUAAUCGAUUACGUCGACACGACAAAUUCAUCGACACGAAAACGAAGCGUCGACGCGUUGUGUUAUUGUUGUUAAGAAUCACAUGCCGGCGCCUCAUGCUCAUCUAUAACUGCAGUGCACUGCAGGAUGUGCUGGGGGCAGUAGCGCUCACUGUUUACAUCCCGCAAGCAAACACAGAAGAAGAGUGCACACAUUAUGGCAGCACAAACUGAAAAAGACGCUACAAAACUCCGACCCAAAACUUCAAAAGUUUGGGAGCAUUUUACGGAGAACAAACCAAAAAAAACACGUUGAUCAAAGCUCAGCUUUCCUACCAUGGCAGCACCACGGCGAUGCAUGAGCACCCGAAACGCCGACACCCCGGAAAUAGGUGUUUAUAAAUAAAGAAGAUAGUGGUUAAUCCUGAUUAAUCGGACGACUAGUCGAUAGAUUAGUCGACAAAAAAAAUAAUCGUUAGUUGCAGCACUAGUUGUAGUGAUGCAUGUCCUGUAAGUGAAAACUGCAAACAGCAGCUGAUCGAUGAAGUUUCUGACUGUCAGUGCUUUGAUUUUGAAGUUAGGCUGCCGAAGUUUUGUCAAGUGUUUGCUGAAAUGAAAAAAAGCAGUGUUAGUAAUGAAAUGAGACAAACCUUUUGGAUUUCUGGUUAAAGAAUAGACAUAGUUGGUAAAAUCAGGAUUAAACUGUGUUGGUAGGAAUUACAUUAAAGUCCCUUUAAUGCAAAUAGAUCAAUCCUUUUUAACGCCAGCAAAAUGAUCUGCCUAUAUAUAUAUAGAUAUAUAUAUAUUUUUUGAUUCAUUUAAAAAUGAUGCCUUCUUUUUUCUAUUUAUCUGUUUAUUGUAAAAAAUGUCAACCCAGUGGAAAAAGUCAAAGUCUCAUCCACUUUUAAUAAGCUGGAGAAAAAAACCUAGAGUCAAUUAUUCUUACAUAGCGGCAGAUAAGAUUGUAGUUUAAUGUAGCCAGCUCUUGGUUAAGAAACAUUUGGACAAAUUGACUCACCUAAAUCAGCUGAUCGCCAGAAAAAGUCUGUAGUUGUGCUACCCUGUCUCCUUUCACCAUGCUGCCCUCUGUUUCUUCCCUGCUUUCAUUUGCAAUUAGUCUCAUGGAAUUUAAUAUGAAGUUUUGCUUGAAAAAAUAAGUGCAAAAAAAUGUGCAAUGACACACACUUAGAAAGUUGAUCAUUUACCCAUUUAGUAGAUAUCAACCUAGCUCAGAGAUGACUUAAUUAAAUAAAUGACCUGAUAAGUGGGAUCAAAAUUAUUUAUAGUUGUCAUUGGAGAGCUCCCCAUUGGCUAUAUCAGUAAUCUGAUAUUCAAUCUCAGAUUCAUGUCAUCAGAAUAGGAGUUCAUAACCAGAAGUUUCAGCACCCUCAAAAAUAUACAUGUUCAGCAAAUCAAAUACACAUGAUAUGUUAUCAAGCUGUACCACCCUCUCCCCCUCUCCCCCAUUCCCCCUCACUCCAUAGUUUUAAUGGAGUGGAGUAUUAGGAACACCAACAUACCCCACUACACCAUGCUCAUCCAUAAUGUCUUUAAUAAUACACUUGAUAAUACAAUUAUGGCUGAGCGGUGUAUAAACUUACUCUAUUGAAAUAUUAGCUGUGACAUGAGCGUUUUCAGCUAUUUGUUCCCACUUCAAAUCCAAACCAAUGCAGAGCUCCAUGCACUUGAAUUCAACUUUACGAAUCAUUAAUUGAUGAAUAAGCUUUUUGUUGACACGGUGAAGGUUGCUUUCUCUUUUUCACUCACUGUAAAAGCAGCACAGCAGAGUGGGAUCACAGAGUCAAUGCUAAAUACAGUAAGACUUGUGUGUUUUUACAGUCCAGUGGUUUGUCAGUAAAUUAAAAUCACUUCCCUGCAGAUACGAGUGCUUGACCAUAAUUCGACCAUAUUGUGCUUAAUUAAUAAACAGGGAUAGGAGGUACCGUAUAUCAGAAUAUGUUCUAAAAUACAGAAAGCUCUCACCGGACACAUCUGAUAGUUUCUUCCUGUUAACAGGACACUAAAAACUCAAUCACAACUAAUGUGUCUUCUGUCUUGUGCACAACAUAGUCCCAUUAAAAAGAAACUUAGCUGUCUCCCUCACUGACUAAAUUAAAGCAUAAAAGCACACCUUCCCUUUUUUCUGAAAUACUGCAUUUUAACAAAGUGGCAACCCCCAGUUUAGAUGUGCCCUUCAAUGGGGCACAUCUAAACUAAAGUAAAUUAGAACAACAUUAAACCCCCUCAAACUGGCUGCGGGGACACCAAAACCUUACAAGAAGGCUCUGAGAGUUCAACUGAAAGUUAGGUUGAGUCAGCAUUACCAAUAUGGGGACGGUUGCUGUGAGGCUGCAGAACUCUUCUUUACAAGUAGAGCGGUGACAUCUUUGUCUAAAGUGUUUUUAAUGCAAAGACUAAAGAUCAGAGGGGGAACAACUUUGCCUGACUAUUAUGCCUCUAUGCAUUAAUCAGAUUGUAGGAGUAACAAGGGCUGGCACCCUCCAGUCAUGGUGAAUUAGUUGGUCUCUCUCAUCUAACCAAAAUCUUAUUGGUCAGAUGUUCUGACCACUUUUAUUGGAAAGAAAAGCUUGAGCCAUUGAUUGCAGAGGUGGGAGGGGGGUGUGAGGCAAUUUGUUUGCACCUGAUAUUGUGUUAGAGAAAAUGUUAAUGAAAAAUAAUAUUCAAAGUAAUGUCAUAUUUUCACAAUCAGACAUCCAUUAUCUAUCUAAUACAUUAAAACUUUCUGAUAACGUUUGGUGGAUAAUGAUACAGAACAGUUACCUCCUGGUUAUCACAUCCAAACAUUUUUAAAGUGCCCAAGACUUGAAAAUAAUACUCAGUGUUGACAUCUGUGUGAGAAUUGGCAGGAUAAAAGAUAGCCUACUAAACAAAAUGACAUGUAGUUAUGAGGUGUUCAAGGUCCAGUCAGAAAAAAAAAACUGUCAGGCAAAAUGAAUAAAAAAAGUAAUCAUGAUCUAUUGAAAUAUUCAGAUUUUAUUCAUGCAAAGGAUUUUGUCUCUUUUAAAGCCCGCUGACCCUCAUGCGCUCAGAGCAUUGCUGGCAAAAAAUCAUUCCUGUAUUGAGACCCCAAAUAGUGCAAAAGGAUGGGCUUUCUGAUGGCAAAGUGCCUGAAAGACUUAUAGUAGAGUGUACAGCUGACACAAAAAUGAGAGCUGAAGUCGAGAUCCCUUAGAAUUAAAUAAAUUAAAUAGCAGACUUAUACAACCCCAUUAAAAUAAAGUUAAGACAAUAAAUUAUGAUAUACUGUAGCUUUAUUGGCAUUGCACAAUUUUAAAAACCUUAUAUCUCUGUGUAUAUUUGAAAUGUUGCCACUCUCUGGUUGUUUGUCAGUAUACAGACUACUUUUAGCUAUUAUAGUUAAAUACUUGUUGCAUUUUUCUCAUCAGUCAUCAUUAUCUAUCACGAACAUGCAUGUUUUUUUAAACCAGUUUUACUAGUUUAACUUUCAAUAUUGAGAUUCUUUACCAUGCAGUGGGCUCUAAAAUUAUACAAUAUAUGGUACUUUUAUUUAAGAUAGUAUCUAAAUACAACAACAUAACAAAUUGCAAACAAAAACUUGGGCUCAUAUUUUCAAACAUAAAUUAUUUAGAGCGAAUCAAAAAUAGGAAUACAUUAAGUUCAGAGAGAAAUUGACACUAAAGAAAACAAAGCAGUCAAUGACAAUUUGAAAUGCUGCCCUUGAAUUUUGUCACAGCAGUUAACUCUGCAAAGGACAUCUAAGCAUGUCCACACCUCUGCACAUAUGCACAGGAUAGUGACAGAUUUCCUUGUAGCCAAUGUUUUUCCUCACUGUCUCUGCUCUGCUUUCCACUACGCUGCCAGUUUGCCCCAAUCAAAGCCUGGCAAAUACUGCUUUAGCAUCUAUGUCAAAUAUUGAUAUUUGCAAGGAGCAAAACAGAGCAAAUUUAAAACAACAUACUAAUUGUCCCCGUGGGAUAUUAAGUUUAAAAGCAGCCUUAAAAUGUUUUCUGGUAAUGUUGUUGGAUGCCAGAAGAGAAUUAAAGAAUUGGUUCUUUAGUGAACUGCUCAAAGACAACCAGAGAAGUCUCCAGGUUUCAGAUAAACCUUUUAUUAUGGUCACAGGUAGAGUAAUACAGCGCUGGACUCGCAAUGACAGAGCUUCUAGGAUCACCAUCAGAACAAGUGCCCAUUUCCGGGUAUCAUUCACACUUAUCUUCUUUGGCAGGGAUUGCCCUGAACACAGGUUGGAAUUAAACCCAACCGAGUAUCACUGGCCAGUUAUGUCCGAUGUGAACAGGCCAACCGCUGUUCACAAGGUCUUACUAAAAUGUGCUAUGAAAUAUGUGUGUGUUUUGUUGACCUUGAGGUGUGUAACUACUGUAGCCAACCUGUCCGACAGAACAAAGAGAGCCUGUGGCUCAUCAGGUUCCUCCUCAUCAAGCUAGAUGUCACACUGUUCUGAUUAAAUGAGAACAACCUGUGAGUUAAAUGAAAACAUUCAAUAAGUCUCAUUAGUUCAGUGAAAAAGUGAAAGUCUAACCUUAGCAAAGUAAAAGACAAUUAUAACAAGAGGGAGUAAUCGUACUGCCUCAAAAACUAUUUUUCGAGGUUAUAACACAAAAGACUGGACAGAGAGUCUCGUAAAAUACAUGCACGAGCAGUCUGGACUUGAUAAAGCAAAUAAUUACUGUUGUUUUGAUGGAGGAUAUGUGUUAUCAUGACCUUAUCCAGAACUGGAGAGGCAGCAAAAGAAAUAUGGAGUUUUCUGUAAAGUCAACAAUAACAAAUAGUCAAAUGUUAGCUUUGGUUGAAAAGAAAACAGAGGAAAACAUUUGUGUUGUCCACUUUUGUAUGGUCACUCUAAUAAACUGGCACAGAUGUGUUGGCAUUUAAGGACUUGCAUGCCCUUUAAUUGUCUUUAUUAUUUGAAAACUGGGCCUUUGCUGACGUCUGUUGGGGGUAGAGAAUCAGGACCAAAAUCACACAAUUACCUUGUAGUGUGUGCCCUGCUUAAGAUUGUCUGUCCUGGACAGGAAGUGACCUUACAUAUUCAAAGACUCCUGUAUUAUCCUCUGCAGUUGUCAGAAACGACUCACUAGCUUGUGCUUGUUUAUGUGUGCAGAGGAUUUUUUGCCUCCAGCUGAACUCUGUCUUUAGAAAUAGGUGCUGCCAUCACAAAAAACACUAUCACAGUGUAAUCAUCACAUAUGGACCUUCAGAGUCAACAGUCCCAAUCUUCAGACUGCUGACAGAGAGUUCCAAGCAUGGCACAACAAUUGGUUCCUAAAAUUAAAUUUGUAAAUAUAGAUGAAGAAGACUACACACCACCUCAUAUAUCCUCUGGAUUAUGAUUGACACUCCCAAAGAAAGAUCAUUCUAUUGAUCUGGAUAAUUUUUAGGGUAAAUCUUAAAGAUAAUCUGCGAUAUGUGAAAAAAGAUAUAGAUAUUUUUUUAAAGUUCUUCAUUGAAGUUAAAAAAUCUGUUCUCAUGACAGUUGUACUUUUUACUGUUGUUAAAAGCUCUAAUUUAACGUGAUGAUUUUGUUUUAUAAGGUGAAGACUGCGAGAACAAUUUGAUUGCAGCUUACUUUUUAUUAUUAAGACAGGUUUUAAACAACCAGCUGAAAGGCAUCAGGUCAUCCUAACUCCUGUAACUCCUGUACACUGCUGGUAAAUCUGAAAAAUAGCUUGACUCCUUACUGUCUUUUAAGGGAAAGUGGGCUUCAAUAAUAUAUUGUUAGGGUACCAACAGCUGUUUGUUUGGACUGCAUCCAGUUAAAAUGACAAUGAUAGACCUGUGGGGUUAAUGUAUUAAUCUUGGCCCAUUCUCCUGUUCUUUGACUCCAUCUACUGGCAAUUUUGUAAACUUCCGCUUCUUUUUUUAAUCAGAAAAGAAAAUGCAGCAAACUCUUGCAAAACAUAAUGGGUAAUGCUGUAACACUUCCUCUAAAAAAGAGUCUCCUGAACCAUUUAAGUAAAACCACAGCAAGACGGAGGUUAAGCUAUUUAGCAGUCUUGAUGCAUCUGAAAUGCUUAUAAUACUUAUCUUAACCAGCACUGAGGGUACCAUAGGUACUGUGACACCCAGUAAUGAAUGCUGUGUGAGCUUGCACUAUAUCAUUUCAAACACUCAAAGGUCCUGGGCUGUCUGGGGUGGACAACAGUAUCAGUUUUUCCUGCUGGUGUUUGGGGCUGAGUGAAUGCUUGGAGCUGGAAAGAGAGUCAGUGGAAUGCCAUUGCGAGGGUCAGCAUCAUCUCUUUUUUUCCUCCUGGGCAGAUAGUGGUACAGCUUGAUAAAAUAUGUAUUCCUCUUAUCUUAAUGCAUAGCUUGCCAUAUGAAUAUAAAGGGCAGCAGGGUCCUGUGACUUUACUGUGGGUGGCUGUGAAUAAUAUAAUGAAACAGCGCUGCUUUAGGGUAUUGUCACGAUAAGAAAGUCCAUCAUACUGUUUAAUGUAAAGCAGAGGGGAAAAAAUAUCUCCGUAAAAAAAAAAAAAACUGGAUAGUGUUUUUUUUUUUUUGCCCCUCUGAGGCACUUUACAAUGUUUGUUGUCAUCAACUACAUUCGGAUGUUGCACUCAAAGAAAGCACAUCCCUGUAGUGAAGAAUGGACAUGAAAGUUGCUGUUAGUUAUUUUAUUUCUGACCACAAGAGAAAGGCAGGUUCUGUUUCAGAAAAAGAACCCAGGCUUUACCUGAAGUUUAGUGAGCAGAUUUUUAAAAUGUGCUUUAAAGGAAAGCCCCUGAUCUAGGAUAAAGCCCAAGUACUUGUAAUUUAAAACCUGCUCUAUAGGUUUUCUCUCAGAUGUUGUAAUAUGUGUAAUGCUCUGUGGUAACACCUCACUUUUAAGCUUGGCAGUUGUUAGCUUAUAAAUGGUUGGGAUCACUACAGCCUGUUUUUCAACAUGCUUUUUCUCCAUCUUUUGGCUCCUUAAUCCCCCUGCCUCCUGCUUCACUGCUUAUAUUCCCAUCUCAGCAGCUGUAUGAUUGUUUAUAUCACUGCACAACCUAUUGGUAAUUUUUCAGCAAGGUGGACUUUGGUGGCAUCUGCAACUUCUGAGUCUCACUUAUUAUAAUUUCAUGAUCAUUAGAGCCAUAGUCGUAAUUGUAAGUGGACAAAUGCCCUGUUCUGUUUACCAGUGUGUGGUUUUAGAAAAGUUAUAGUUGUUCAGAGGUGUGACAGAUACAACAUGCAAACAACUGCUACCAUUUGUAGUCGUUUGCACAUGUAUGCUGCUGUUAUGCUGUGCCAGUUAGUCAGUGAUCCUGUAACACCUUUGUUAUUUUCUCUGAUGCUAGCUCAGCUACCAUUACUUCUCCAUGGCAGUCAAACAAAAAGUCCCACCUUAUUUUUCACCUAAUUUAGUCCCAUUAAUUAAUAAAAGAAAAAAAAAAUGUUUAUAUUUAGAAGUUAAGCUUAUUAUUUGAGUUGCGUUUGUCUUGACAGUUGUCGUGUCCCUAGUGAUAAUUAGGAAAACUAUUAGCUUGUUUUUAGCUUGAAUGGUGGCACCUAUGGGAAAUAGUAAAAACGACAAAUUUGAAGCCCGACCUGCAGAGUGAAUGCAUUUUAAAUGUUAAUACAUGUUUUGAUGCUGUAAAGGCCAUUUGAUCAAAAAUCACUGGCCUAAAUUGACCAAGUCUGAUUAUUUUGGUUAUACAGUGAACUUCACACCGAGUGUAAAAAAAGAUUGGACUCCAAAAUUAGUUUUUAAAAGAUCAUAUUUCUCCCAAAUGACAUGACUGUAGAUUACCAUUAGAAAAGUAAAGCUGAAGAUUAAAUUUGUAGUGUUUCCACAGAAUCAAAAACACAGUCAUUCCUCUGGGAAUGGACGUUUGACGGGAAAUAAUCAAAGUUAAUACAAUGCCAUUGAAAAGCACUUUUUUUGGGUAGGUUCUCACCAUCGCAAAUCAGAAACUUCAAGUAAUGUCGUGCUAAACUGUCCAUAUGAGCCCAUGCACCACAAACAGCAGUCAUCAUAAUAAAUGUGCAUCAGCUUUUAAAAGCUAGUCAAAAAUGUGUAACCAAACCAUGGAGAGUAGGCCCACACUAAAGUUAUGCUUCUUACUACUCUUUUCUGACUCUGUUAUUGUAACAGAGCCUAAAACAGACAAACAGCUAAAACCAGGGUGUUGUAAUGUUUUUGUUUUUUUUGCAUGGGUGCGUGUUUGCUUUACCAGCUGUUAUUACUUCAGGUUACAUUUGUUGUUACCUUAAAGUAUAUUGUUCACGAUGAAACCCACUAGUAAAGUGUAACCUCUUGGUAAAGUCCUGGAACUCACUGUUAGCAACAGCUACAUCAUGCAACACUGUUAGAAGUUUGACAUUUCCACAUAUUUUGCCCAGCCCAGAUGACUUCUGGGAACAUGAGUUUCAGACUUGCCUGCUGAACCAAGUAGCUUGUAUGUAUUAUCUCAGUCUUCUCCAGAGCACUGCUGUACAAGUGACUCAAAAUGCUGUCUUUCCUUUGUGUCUUCCAGUUCUACAAGCACGUUGUCCAGAGCGUGGAGAAGUUCAUACAGAAGGUGGGCACUAAAUCUAGUAAAUGUUUAUGGGUGCUUGGAUAUAAAAGUAUGAUUGUGAGGUAAAAAAAAAAGUCUUAAGAAUAUGUGAAUAAAAGCAAAUUUUCACUGUUUGCGCUGCUGCAAUAACUGUUUUCCUUUUUGCAAAAUACCCUAACUUCAUUUUUUCUUUAUCUACAGUGCAAACCAGAAUACAAGGUCCCAGGGCUGUAUGUCAUUGACUCCAUUGUCAGGCAGUCACGACACCAGUUUGGGACAGAGAAGGAUGUGUUUGCUCCACGCUUCAGCAAGAAUAUCAUUGCAACGUUUCAGCACCUCUACCGCUGCCCUUCAGAUGAUAAGGUCAGACAUUUUGUCAUAGGAUUUUUCUUGCUGGUUAUGGUUUUGUGAGGUCCUAUGAAACCUGUAUCAGAUUUUCUUUCACUCUUCCAUCACUAGAGGAGUGUCCAGUUGAUGUCUAACUUUAAAUAAUUCAAUAGGAAAUAGCCUGAAUUCAAUACAUAAUGAUAACAUGUUAAAUUGACCUCACUCAUUCACGAAUAAUGAUGCACAGGACACUGUAAUGUCUCGUCAGCUGCUUUUUGGAAAGUAUUAAAUUCAUGACCCUACCAAGGAUGUUUCUUUGAGGUUGUAUCAUUUUUUACUACUGUUGUCAGUUUAGGGUUAAUUUGCUUUGAUUUCAAGUGUUUACACACACAGCUGUGCCCCCCAACCCACCCCCACCAUAUCUUUUUUUUGUGUCCAAUCCUUUGAUCAUCAGACAUUUUAUAAAGACACCCAAAUAACACAACUCAGCCUUUGAAAGAUUUCACUUGAUGCUCAACUAUCACAGAGGGUGAUCUGCGGGUAAAAGCCUCGGUAAAGUCAUGUUUCUCAAAGAUCCAAAAUCAGGAAAGUGCAGAAUUACAAUGGUAGCAAACAGCUGACCAGAACUUGAAAACAGGUUUGAAAGGGUUCACAACAGAUGUUGCUCCUGAAUCAGUACAUUUACAGGUGGGAUGGUCCACAGCAUGGUCUCUACCUGUAUUACUCCUCGGUAACAGUGGGCUUUUGUUGUCCUUGUUGGUGUCUCCAGAGCAAGAUAGUGCGUGUACUGAACCUUUGGCAAAAGAAUGCGGUCUUCAAAAGUGACAUCAUCCAACCCCUGCUGGACAUGGCUGCGGGUAUCCCCCCUCCAAGUGUCACUCCUGUCAUGCCCACCAGUGCUGCUCCCGUCAACAACACUACACCUGGUAAGUGACAAAAAUAGCACCACCACAAAAAAAAACCCAAUAAAAAAUAGAUUAAAAGUUGAUUCAUAUUUCAACUGACUGAUAAGUCCAAAGAUAAGAAGAAAACAUGAAGAAAUUAAAAAAUGCACACGUUUCUUUUUAACAUGGCUAAAUGAAACAUCACAAAGUCUGCAGGUAAACAUCAAAUUUCUCUGCUGAGUGUGGUUAACUACACAGGUUAAUCUAGAGAGCUACAUUUAGGAAACAAGUGCCUGUUUAGAGAGUCAAAAGAUUACAGUGUGGCCAUUUUUUUGGCUUCAAAGCUCACAUUGAGUGGUGUGAACGAAGACAUUUUUUUGUGUUUUAUAAACUGUGUGGUAGUUUUAGAGCGACAAAAAUUAUUAACUCAAUCAACUAACAAGUAAUUCUGAUACCAACUCUUGAGGAUGGAAACUUUAGAGAACUUACACCACACAUGCUUUAAAUGUGAUCAGAUUGCUUGUUUUGGACAUGUAUGAAGUGCAUUUACUUUAAGAGCUCUGUCUGUCUGUGUUUAGGUACCCCAGCUACUCCUGCUACUCCUGCUAAUAUAGUCCAGGGCCUGCCUGAUUGGGCCUCCCAGAUUACCAACACAGACACUGUGGCUGCUGUGGCGCAGAUCCUGCAAAGUCCCCAGGGACAGCAGGUUUGUCAUCAUGUAUACACAAUGUUGUAGCACAGCAAAAAAAAAAGGAAAUACUUGUUUUUUUAAUGAUGGUAAUUCUCAAGAUUUUUUUCCUUGAUGUAACAAGAAUACUGAUAACAAAAGUAGACUCUGUAGUUGGCUGUUUUUGUCAGCGGUGUGUCAAACACUGUUUUUUGAUCUGUUGUAGCUCCAGCAGCUGGUGCAGAGUCUACAGAUGCAGCAGCAAAAGCCUCAACCGUCCCUAUUACAGGCCUUGGAUGCUGGCCUGGUGGUGCAGUUACAAGCUCUGACAGCUCAACUCACUGCUGCUGCUACAGCAAACAGCCUCAACCCACUGGAACAGAGGGUGUCCUCUUUUAAUAAGGUAAUGCUUCACUCGGCUGCAAAAAAAAGUAUUUUCAUUGUUUCCCCUGAUGCUUCCCAGUAUUUAUCUGAUGUUUAUUUCUUAUAGAAACUCUUGGGCCCUUUUGAUUUUGGGAACGAUUCUGAACGCGGCGAAGAAUCUAAGAAGGACACGUCAUCAUCUCAACUGUUAGUUCAGAGUCUUUUUUAUUUUUGAUGUAGCUGUUACUACAUCUUUGUUAAAACUCAAUAUUGAUCUAGAGUAUGCUGGUGGGAUUGGUUACUUUAACUGAAUGAAUCAUGCUACUGGUUUCUCUCAGGCCCAUGGUUUCAGAGCCCAUCAACAGCUCCCUCUUCCAUCAGCUGGCUGAGCAGCUACAGCAGCAGAACCUGGAGCAGUUUCAGAAGCAGCUUUUAGAGCACCAGCAGCACCAGCAGAAGGUAGAUUCACACACAGGUCACUCAUUCCCUCAAUUUUUUUCUGAGGCUUUUUUUUCAGGUUGCCAUGAUUUAUUAGCUAAAAGUUUGCUUCUCAUACUGUAGUGUUAACCACAUUGGAAAAUCAAUAGACUGUCUUAAAUUAAGUGUUAUAUUUUAGUGUAAAAACAGUUGUGAAAAAUGUGCUGUAAAAUGUACUUCUCAUUCCAUCCUGUAGGCUUUACAUCCAACCCGUAGGCUCAGUGCGUACUGUAUAACCCCAAUAGCUUAGAAUGAGUUACUCUUCAUCUCCACACAGCAGAGGAUAUCCCAACAUCCUGCAAGCUCCUCAGAAAUACCUCAAAUAAGAAAAUCCAAAAAAACAAUCUAUUAUCAUGGUUAUGUGUUGGCAUUGCUACCUGCAUUGCAUUUUGGACGAAAGACAUUUAAUAAGUUAACUCCUCAUUUUGAAUUCAAUAGGCACUAAGCUUGGAGGGGCAGGACUCCAUCUUUGGGCAGGAGAACUCAGUUGCAACCGGUCAGAGUAGCAGUCAGCCACAGCUUCCUGAGCAAGAGAGCAAGGUGGACGAUUCCAUAGACAACCAACAGCAGGUAAGUUUGGCCAGUGAGCCAUCAGCUGACACUGAAACAUCAUAGUCCUUCGUAUAAUUUAACCUUCUGUUGAUGGAUCUACUUAUUUUAGGACAUGGAUCUAGACGAGGGCCCUGAUGGGAUGGAGGAGGAGAUGUUUGACGCCGAUGAGAAAAAAAUGGCGAGCACACGUUCCAGAACCCGAUCCAGAUCACGCUCUAGGUCAGUCCUACAGAUCAGUGAUGUCAUUUUUGUAAUGGAUUUUUUCAAAUUUGGCUGGAUUAUUGCUGAGUUGUCUACUGAUUUGAAUUGAAGGGGCCUCCAUCCUUUUACUCUUGUUUCAAAAGUGCUGACUGUUGCCUUGACGGCCAGAGACUGGAACUGGUUCUGGCUGGAAGAGUUAAUGUUUAAUAAGGACCCUAUUCUACAUUUUGAUUUAUACCAACCUGCUUUUGGGGACUGAAAUACUUGUGUUUCAGAUUUUUUAGGCGCAUAGGAUAAGCCUGGUUUUUACAUGAAAUUACAACCUGACUUGGAAGUGUUUUUAUGUGUCGUAUAAGCAUAUUAGGAAGUGAUAGUGUUAAAAUUUAUUGUGUCAGGUUUAAAGUUUGUUGUGGACUGGGAGAAAGUCAGGCUGGCCAAGUGUGUUGCUACUGUAAACAUGACAAAAAGUCAAACUGGAAAAGGUUCUCAAAUGCACUUUUCCCCGGUAGGUCUCCUAAAAGGAGAAGGUCCAGGUCACGCUCCGGCUCACGCAAACGUAAACACCGCAAGAGAUCACGGUCACGCUCCAGGGACCGCAAGAGAAAGUCAUCACGGUCUUACUCCAGCGAGAGACGUGCCAGGGAGCGGGAGAAGGAGAGGCAGAAGAAAGGACUGCCUCCCAUAAGAUCUAAAACUUUAAGUGGUCAGUGGAAAGUCAUUUGGAAGUCAUUAUCAUUUGAAUAAUUGUUAUUCCUGCUGCUCUCAUGAAUAAUCAUAAUAAACUUUCCCUGUCUAUACUCACACAGUGUGCAGUACAACUCUGUGGGUGGGCCAGGUUGACAAAAAGGCCACUCAGCAGGACCUCACCAACCUGUUUGAAGAGUUUGGCCAGAUUGAGUCAAUCAAUGUAAGUAGCCUUACUCUCUCCUGACUCUGUAAUGUAGUCACAGCAGGUUAACCAUUUCUUUGAUUUCCAAAAUCAUAUAUAUUGUUUGUCAUGAUUAUGCUGUGACCUGACACUCAGCUACUUUUCUUUACAAUUAGCCUCAAAUCUUUUUUAUUUGUUUCAUUCCUCUAGACCAGUGGUUCUCAAGUCCAGUCCUCGAGGCCCACUGUCCUGCAUGUUUUGGAUGUUUCCCUGCUCCAACACACCUGAUUCAAAUGAGUAGCUCGUUAUUAAGCCAUUACAGAGCUUGAUAACGAGCUGAUCAUUUGAAUCAGGUGUGUUGGAGCAGAGAAACAUCCAAGACUGGACUUGAGAACCACUGGUCUAGACUACAUUAUUUUCAUAUCACAGGCUACAUUUUCUUAUUUGUUUGUUUAUGUAAUAUUUUAUAAUACUCGUUUAAUUGUUAAGCACUUUGUAACUUGUUUUUGGAAAGUGCCAUACUCAUAAUCUUAUUCCUGUUAUCUUGCUUUUCUUAUUUCUUCUUGUUUAAAUAAACCAAACCUUUAAGUCUUUUUUGUUAUUCACUGUAUGGCCACAUAGUAUUGUGUAACCAUCUCAUGUGCUAUGUAAUUUAAUGUAUGUUUGUGUGUGCAGAUGAUUCCUCCCAGAGGCUGUGCGUACAUCUGCAUGGUCCAUAGACAGGAUGCGUACCGCGCACGCCAGAAGCUCAGCACUGGCUCCUUUAAGAUUGGCUCUAAAAUCAUCAAGGUAUGCGUUUCCUUUAUAAUGUGAUUGACUAUGCUCUCAUUCUCCUUGUAGGUUCCUUUAAUGUAAUUUUCUCUCGACCUCAAACAGUGAAACCUCAAAGACAGUCUAGCUUUCAAAGCGCAUGAAUCCUCGCACACUCCCUGAAAUGACUUGACUUUGGUAUAUGUGUGUUUUUGCACCAGAUUGCGUGGGCUCUUAACAAAGGGGUAAAGCAAGAAUACAAGCAGUUUUGGGACGUGGAUCUCGGCGUCACCUACAUCCCAUGGGAGAAGGUGAAGCUAGAUGACUUGGAUGGCUUUGCUGAAGGAGGAAUCAUCGACCAGGAGACGGUAAACGAUGGUAAGAGAAUCAUAUGAAUGUGUCAUCUUCCUUUGGCACAAUCAAGAACUUCUAUUGAUAAAACUCAGUAGAUAAGAGGCUUAAGUUAAAUUGUGCAACUGUGUACAGAAGCUAUAGACGUGAGAAAUAAACUUAAUCUAAGAAGAAGAAUUGGAUUGCUGUUAAUACCUUUUUCUUGUCUGUCAUCUGCAGAGUGGGAAGCUGCCAAGAAUGCUGAGCCAGCCAAGGAAAUUAGUAGUCUACCUGUUAGCUCUGAAACGACAGCCGCCUCUAACACCCAGACUGAGACCUACAACCAGCAGGUCACCAUGAUGCCUGUGCAGGUGCUGCAGAGAGAACAAACUGAAGUUAUGGACAGAAUGCAGAAAAUCUUUGUUUCCUGUUAACUGUCAAUCAUAAUUGUCACAUUGUGUAUUAACUGACAAUAAUCAGGAGAGUCUUGAUGUUUUAAAAUAAACGGAAAGAUGUGAUAGUCUCACAGCAUGUUUAGGAAGUUAAAGUCUCUUUAAACCCAUACCUCAUCCAUGGUCUCUCCUCUUCUAUGUCUCUCCUAUCCAGCUGCCAGUGGCACAGGCUGUGCCCAGUGCAGUGGGUUUGGUUCCUCCAACCUUCCCUGUCGCCAUGGGUUUACCUCCACCAGGCUAUGGACCACCACCACCCUUCAUAAGGGCGGGCUUCAAUGCCUCACAGCCUCCACCAGGUAGCUUACACGAGCAGUCCUACAACACCAGGCUUUCAAAUAUUAAACAGCUGAUUCAACAUGCUUUGUUUUGAUGUUGUGCAGGUUUCAUGCAGGCUGCACAGACAGCAGGACUAGCCUCGGCGUCUACUUGUGAGUCUUUAUGACCUCUUACACUUGUUAUUUAUAGAUCUAUGUGUUUUUUUAAAAUGAGCAUUUCCAAAGAUGUAAUUUGGUGGAGUUAAUGAGCCUGUACUGAAUAUGCUCAUCCCCUGUUCCCACCUCCAGCUCUUGUACAGCCUACGGUGGCAACCAGCCAAGAGUCUAUCAAGGAUUCACCAUUCGGCGCCAUGAUUCCACCAACCAGCACUAUCCCGGGUAGCUUCAUGGCGUCAGCCAUCCCUGGAGCUGGUGUGUUUAACCCAGUGGGAAUCCAAACUCAGCAAACCGCUAAUGACAAGACCGCCCAGUCUGUGGAGGGCAUGGAUGCUGCUGCAGAGCUAACACUGCAAGGUGAAGAACUCAUGACAGGCACUGACUUCAAAGGGGAAAAUACAUUCUUUAAUACCAUUCACUUGUUUUUAAUUGUAUUAAUUUUUAAUACUGCAUUAUAAAGAGGACUCUUGUUUGUCCACAGGCAUGCAGAAUGCAGCGCGCAGUGGGAUGGGUCUCCUUGGCAUGCACCCUUCAUCCCUGACACACUCUCUCCAUCAGUCUGGUCUAGUUGGACAGCGGAUGCCUGGCCUGCUGCCACUGGAUGUGCGACCGAACCUCCUCCAACCAGGGGCUGCUGCCCGCUUCCCACUUCUCAUGCAGCAAAGUCCUGCCCAGCAGGCUGCUGGCCUUCUUGAUAGCUCCCUGCAGGCUCAGGCCCGUGUCAGGGCCCCUUUCGCUCAGCUGGACCCCUUUAACAGGGUUCCCAACCUAGCCAGUGAAAGUUUGUCCAAAACAGAAGAGGAGACGUCUGGAGCUGAUGAAGGCAAAGAUCAGGACUAUCGCUUCCCUCCGAUGGAAAAACAGAGCACCGGUCUGCUGAGGACUCCUCCUCCUGAGCAAAGGGAUCCCCUUGGAGGCGGUGGUGGAGCAGGAGGUGGAAGACCUCCCUUGCUUCAGACCCCAGGGACUCAACCAGCCAGAACCAGCCUAGUGGGGCGUCUACAGGCUCUUGCAGGUUUCACUCCUGAUAACCGGUGGAACCAGACCAGAGGAGACUUUGAUGAGCGGGAUGGUAUGCGAGGAGGUAUCCAGGCCCAAGGGGGUCCAAAAGGCUUUCAAGAGGAGCGUCCCACACCUGGGCAGAACUUCGCCAGCCGCUUUGACAGCCGCCCUGGGACAGCAGGAGGAUCAGCUGGGGCUCCAAAUGCUGGGGCUGUUGGUGUACCACAGGCCUGGAACCGUAGUGGUGGUGCAGCAGCAGGAGCUUUUAACAGUGAACUACACCAAGACCUGGAUGACCGAAGGCGCCCCUGGGACAGGCAGAGGGACAGAGAUGAAAGAGAUUUUGACUUCAGGCGAGAAAUGAACGGUAAUCGCCACAGCCGUGAGAGAGAGAGGGAGCGUGAGAGGGACAGAGACAGGGAGCGAGGCCGGGACCGCACCAGAGAGCAUGACCGUGACAGAGAUCGUGAUAAAGAGAGAGACCGUGAGAGGGACCGUGAACGUGGGGCUCCUCUUCUCCCACUACCCACACCACUGCUUCCAACUCCACCUCUCAAUCCCAACCUGUCCAUAAAUCAAGGCAAACUGCUUGCACCACUCAAAUUGAGCCCCCAAAUUCAGGCUCGAUUUCAGUCCCCACUCCUGCCCCAAGCUCAGGCAAUGCCUUCCCUCUUGGGCCUGAAUCAGCCGCCGCCCCAGGCUCAGGUCAAGUCUCCACCUCUGUCACAGAGCCCAGCAGCUGAAGCUGAGCCAGAGUCCGAGACCCCAGUCCCAUCCAAGACACCUACAACACAGUCAUCGACCCCCACCCGAUCACCCAGCCCUUCAUCAGACAGUAAAGAUCAGAGCCCGGUGACUGGGGCUCUCACCCAGGCCGAGCCUUCACCACCAUCCAUGAUCCCCUCAGAAACAGAAUCCCCAGCCCAGCUCCAGUCCCCCUCCAAAAUGUCAGUCUCUCCUAACACCGAGACCCAGUGCCCAGCCUCACCACCUGUUGAGGCCUCAUCCCAGGACUCAUCUGUGGCCUUGACUGAAGCUGCCAGCCCUCCCGAAGAGACAACUCACUCUCUGGAGGAGCAGGAAAGCUCACAGAAUGAUGAUGAUGAUGAUGAGGAGGAGGAAUCACAAGAGAGAGCCUCCUCACCUCAGCCUCAGUGGGUCAAUGGAUCUGGGACGGACAAUAGUACUGCAGCUGAACCCACACCCGAGGCCUCCCCCGAGCCCUCCCCUGAACCCUCUCCUGAGCUCGAUAAGGAGCCCUCCUCUGAUUCUGUGCUCCCUGAAAAUGAGGCAGAGGAGCAGGAACAGGCGCAGCUCGGCUCUCCUAAGGACGUAGACAAUGAACAGAGUGAGCCCAUGGAGGAAGCUGCGAGUCAGCCUGUGGUAGACACUGUCACAGACACUGAGGGGACAUAA